AAAAGAAAAAAAUGGUAAAUGAGCAAGGCAGCAGUGUAAUUUCUGGUCAUAAGCCUACAGAUGUCAAUCCAAAUGAUCCUUUAACGCUCGUGAUAAUACAGAUCGUCCUCAUUAUUGUUUUCACUCGUGUUCUCAAUGUUGCUCUCUCGCGUUUUCGCCAACCUCGCGUCAUAUCCGAGGUCAUAGGCGGCAUUAUCCUGGGUCCUUCGGUCAUGGGCAACAUCCCUGGAUAUAUGGAUGUUAUAUUUCCUAGUGGAUCUUUAACCUACCUUAAUUUACUUGCGAAUUUGGGUUUGAUCCUCUUUUUAUUUAUUAUCGGCGUUGAAUUAAAUCCUAAAGUGUUGAUUUCAAAUGCAAAAACUGCAUUAACUAUCUCUGCUGCUGGCAUAUGUUUACCUUUCACUCUUGGUAUUGGUGUGAGUUAUGGAUUGUAUCAAUCUUUGAACAGUAAUAAUAAUGUCCCUUUUUCGAGUUUCAUGCUUUUUAUAUGUGUCGCCAUGUCAAUUACGGCAUUUCCCGUACUUGCCCGUAUCUUGUCCGAGCUUAAGCUUCUUAGGACACCAGUUGGAGUUACUGCUCUUACUUCCGCUGUCGGUGAUGACAUCGCUGCUUGGGUACUUCUUGCCUUAGUGGUUUCCAUCAUAAAUGCUUCGAAUGCCCUUUCUGCUCUUUACACUUUCUUGCUUUGUGCCGGUUGGACUUUGUUUGUAGGAUUUGGCAUUCGUCCAAUUUUAAUGAUGCUUAUUGUUAGAACUGGCAGUAAUGAUUUUGGUGGUCCAUCAGUAACAAUGGUGGCCAUUACGUUAUCGUUAGUUUUAACAUCCGCCUUUAUUACGAAUAUCAUCGGAAUUCAUUACAUUUUCGGUGCCUUUAUUAUUGGCGUAAUUGUACCGCAUGAGAGUGGUUUUGCGAUAAGCAUUGCUGAAAAGAUUGAGGAUGUGGUCAGCGUCUUGUUUUUGCCAAUUUAUUUUGCUCUUUCUGGUCUUAAAACUCAACUCGGUUUAUUGAAUGAUCUUCAUAUAUGGGGUUGGCUUCUUUUGGUGAUUUGCGUCGAUAUGUUUGGUAAAAUCACUGGUGCCACCCUCGCAGCUAGAUUAAACAAACUAACCUGGAGAGAAUCUCUUACGAUCGGUGUUUUCAUGAGUUGUAAAGGUGCCCUUGUAAUCACAUGUACCACGACUCCUCUGGCUAUGUGGCUUUAUCCAAGAAAAUAUAGAAGAAUGAUGGAACGUAUACGGGCCGGUCAUGUCACGACUUCGAUUGAAGGUGAUUCUUGGAAAGAAUCUCGUGCAUCUGACGAUACACUAACCGAUCUAUCCAAGAAUAAACGUUUAUUGGUUGUUUUAAAUAAAAUUGAAUGGUUACCUGACCAGUGA